AUGGUGCGUCUCCGUGGUGGUGGCUGGAAUCUGAAGGGACUGUGGAAGACAUCCGAUACUGGAGGCUCUGAUCAAAGCCCUGGUUCAACUUCUAUGCCACAUCUGACUGGCAAGGAUGCCAUUGUGCGGGACUCACCUACAAUCAGACACGCUGGGCACCCGGAGAAUCAGGUGGCGCGAAGUGUGCGAUCGCACUUCUCGACCACUCGCGAUGGUAACGAGACAAGGACAGCACAAGGAAUUUCAGCAAGAUCAUCCCCUAUCGAUACUAGACGACAUGGUCAAUUCCCCGUUGGAGGGGGCGACGUUAGGCCAGGCUCGAAUACGCCAGACUCUGCAGGCACGGACGAUAGCUCUGUUCCCCGAGCUCGUGCUGAUGCAGUCUUGUACCAGUACUUUGGGGCUCAACUAUCUCCGCUCGUACCGGCAUCCCAGGGGAUGACAUCAUUCACCGUACCAGCGCAUCAGACAACUCAUAGCGGAGCUGAUGUACCAGUGAUGAAUGGGCACCGCUCGCCUCGUAUCGACGGGGCUCUCGCUCAAUUCAAUUCUCGAAGUGCGCUUUCCCCUCGGAAUGACGAUGCGCGCGGCUCUACAAGCCCCUCAAAACCGGAAACAAAGACUGAAUACGAGCGAUGGGAUGCUGUAGGAUCACAGGAGACUCCGGAUAUUGAUGGCACAACUCCAAGUCAUCUGGUCAGUCCGAGGGACAAGAAGAGAUGGGAUAGGAAUAACCCCCCUCCGCCACCAAGACUCCCUCCGCCGAAUCCACCCAGAUUUCUGCGAGCUGAUCCUCCCGAUGAUAAUGAUGAUGCAUCCGAAUACACCGACGACAGCCAUCCAAUUUCCUCCGUGGUAACCGCCAAUAUGGGGCAUGAUCAGCUAAUCGACCUUCUGGAUCUGAACAAGACCGAUGUGUAUAGAAGGGUUGAGCGUGAGCGCGAGGUUCGACGUAUACAAGCACAGCGAGAUUGGCACGAGGAAGCAGAUCGUAGACGCGAUGUAGACGUCAGGCGGCAGCAGCAGGAGGGACUGGGAUCGCGAGAGCCUGAUCUGGACACUAUCUCACCGGACGACAGCGUCACUGCAGUAAUGCGGCGCCAGCAAAUCGAGAGACGGCAUGAUUUGCAGCGCCCGGCAGCUGUAGGAGAUUAUCGCCCUACCAGCUCGCCGACACCUUCACAAUAUCUGCCUCGCCACGGUCCUAUUACAGCUAAAGCUAAGGUCAUGCCCCGGCAGCAAAGCGAUCGCAUUCACACGAUUGGCUACCCGUCUGUUGUGCCAGCCCCGGCAGCCUUUGAGCCAGCUUCCAUCAAGCGCAAGCACUCUUUACAAACAGUCCUCUCCAAGGCAGGAAAACUCACACGUUUAAUCCUCGCUGCUCCUUCGGAUCCCAAGUACAAGACGCAUUCACAGCGACAGCCUCCAGUAAAGCAAUCAGGAAUGAGCGCCGAUGCCACUGGGUGGCCAAGAAGUGGAAAAGCCUCUUCAGCAAACCAUGGGAUGUUCAUGUCAACUCCGGCACCACAGCAAAGGACUAUAUUCAGCCGCGAUCGGCCGCAGACUAGUGGGGAUGAUGGGAAGAAGUCGGACAGCAGGGGUUGGGAGCAUCCAAGAGGCAGGAGAGCGAAGAAAGUCGAGAAAGUGGAGACUAAGAAAAGGAGAGGGAGGUGGGGAAGAAAAACAGAUGAUGAGACGUCCGCUGGAGAUCCUCAAGUCAUCGACUUUGCGUCCAAAGACACUGCUCGGUCGAAAGGUGCUACAAGGCUUCAACACGCACGUCGCGCACGUUCGCCAUCACCAAAAGCUCUAACGCGAGCCGCUGAGCCUCAUAGUGUUCCUGUCUCCAAAUCUUCCACGUACCACCACCCAGAACCCGAUUUCACGCCUAGCGACGCAGCAGGUACACCGCAAACAAGAUUUGGCCCACCAGAUCGCGAGGGAAAGUUAUACGUUCGCCGCCGCGAUGGGGAGGUCCUACCAUUCAAUCCCGCACUGGGAUAUCCGUACCACUCACGUCUCAACACCUACUAUGACCACAAGACGGUAGAUGCCACAACGAUGGCCUGGCUACAAGGCAUCCGCGCACAGACCGAUGCGAUUCCUCAUCCCAUGAUCAACAUGCGAGGCGGCGACGGUAGCAUCUCUUCCGAACUUCGUUCUACGCAUGGCGAAGCGAGCAGUCUGGCAUCGCACCACCACCUCCUAGCGUCAGCGGCAAUGAGUCUGGAUAGUGGCGACGAAACAAUCGAUGGUACCGAUAUAGACGCCCUACUUAUGUCAUCCAUGCAUCUCAGUUUGGGUCAAGCUACACACGAAGCUAUUGCUGCCGUCAACGGUACCCAUGAAAAUGGAGUGGACAACGGGCCUGAAUGUGAUGAACCACACGUCCGGUCGAGUUUCAGCACUGAUUCUACGGUGGAGCUCAGGCGGGAGAAGAAGGUCAAGGAGAAUGCUUGGCGGAACGAAGAUCAAGCUAGGGCUAUGGCUAUGGCUAUGCAUGGUUUUGGGUAA